AUGAAAACCUCGUACUUCCUGGGAUGGCAAGAAUACGAGAAGAAUCCCUACGACCAAGUUCGGAAUCCUACCGGAAUCAUUCAGAUGGGACUCGCUGAAAAUCAGCUCUCCUUCGAUCUUAUCGAGUCCUGGCUCGAAAAAAACCCUGAACCGGCCGGUUUUAAGAGUCAUGGGGAGUCAUAUUUAGAGAGCUCGCUCUGUUCCAAGAUUAUAAUGGCCUUCCUGCUUUCAAGAAUGUGUAAGCAUUUUACAUACUAUAACUUAAGCACUAGCAGAUUUCAUGUCAGAAAUAAGAGGAAACAAAGUCAGCUUCGAUCGAACAAACUAGUCCUCACCGCCGGUGCAACUUCUGCCAACGAGACACUCAUGUUCUGCAUUGCCGAUCCGGGCGAAGCUUUCCUCCUUCCACUCCGUACUACCCCGGAAAAUUAA